UCUCGUGCAGACGGAUUUCGUCACUGAUCUCCGUCCGCCAUUUUAAUCAACGCGGCACUUUAUUCGUGUUGAAGUCUUUGACCUUUUAAAUCCACAACCAGUUACGUAGAAAGCCUCGGAUAAAACUACAUACACUCCAAAAUGCAGGCCGAAGAACAAGGUGACUUCAGCACCGACGAGUUUGCAGAAGGCUCCAAGAUAAACGCGAGUAAAAACCAGCAGGAUGACGGGAAGAUGUUCAUCGGUGGACUCAGUUGGGACACCAGCAAGAAAGACCUGACUGACUACCUGUCCAAGUUUGGAGAGGUCCUCGACUGCACCAUCAAAACAGACCCCAUGACUGGCCGCUCCAGGGGCUUCGGCUUCGUGCUCUUCAGAGACGCUGAGAGCGUUGACAAGGUGCUGGAGCUGAAGGAGCACACGCUGGACGGGAAGCUGAUCGACCCCAAGAGAGCCAAAGCCAUGAAGGGCAAGGAGCCGCCCAAGAAGGUGUUCGUCGGCGGGCUGAGUCCGGACACGUCUGAGGAACAGAUCCGCGAGUACUUCGGCGCUUAUGGAGAAAUUGAAAACAUUGAGCUCCCCAUCGACACCAAAACAAACGAAAGACGGGGUUUCUGCUUCGUGACGUACGUUUUAGAGGAUCCCGUUCAGCAGCUGCUGGAGAACAGAUACCAUCAGAUUGGAUCAGGGAAGUGUGAGGUCAAGGUUGCGCAGCCUAAAGAGGUGUACAGACAGCAGCAGGGCCGAGCGGACCGGGGCUUCGGAGGAGGACGAGGGGGCUUCAGGGGCCGAGGAAGAGGACAGGGCCAGGGCUAUAAUCAAGGCUACAGCAGCUACUACGGCCAGAACUACGGAGGCUACGGUGACGGAUACAGCCAGGGCUACAACGGCUAUUCUGGCUAUGACUAUUCAGGAUACAACUAUCCGAAUUACGGCUAUGGACAAGGCUAUGAUGAUUACAGUGGUCAACAGAGCAGUUAUGGCAAGGCCUCGCGGGAAAGCGGCACCCAUCAGAACAGCUACCAGCCGUAUUGAUAAAGUGGCUAACACGUUCAUGCGGGGACUUCAUUGCAGGCCGUGUGUCGCCUGACCACGUCAUUCUCUGGGCGUCGCAGAGAGCACGGCAUGCACGAGAAACGCUGUCCUGUGGUAUGGUCUCUUCAAACUUCCUGUACCAGCGUAAAACAAACACAAAGCAAAGGAGAUUCCCCCAUUUGCCUUAAGUUGUUGGUUUCCGUUAACUGUUCCAAAUGUGUUUCUUCCAGGACUUUAUUAACGUAACCUAAAAGUGAUUCAUAACUUCUCUUUUUUCAAUUGUAGUGCUCUUGUGUUUCAGUUGUGGAGCUUCAGUGGUUUAUUAUUUGUAUUUCUUUGGUUUCGAUCACACCUCCCUUGUAUAAAUAAAUGCAUAAACUCUCUCAUAAUGCUUGCUUUUUCUUUAGAGGCCAUAGAGAAACUUCAAAUGGGUUCACCUCAAAGGCUUUUCCUUAAGUGUAGCCUUUAAAGAUCAUAUGUAAAGUGGGUUUUUGCCAAGCCAUUGAAAGCUGACUAAUCUGUGUUAGACAGAUGUCACGUAUGGGCCGAAUGCAAAUAAUGAUUUUGGGUUUAAAGGGAAGAUGCUUGGCUCGCUCCUCGAUUGGUCCACCAACCGCCUGGAGCUCAAGCUUUUGCUGUUUUGUCAAUCUAAGACGCCGUCCAACAUAUGAUCUUUAAUCCCUAAUGAUGGUUUUCCUAGUUUAAAAUCGACAGCUCAAGAAGUUAAACACUGAAACAUGGACGUGCUGUUGUUGUUUUUUCAUGAACAUGUCCAAAUCAGAGUUGUUCAUCUUGCGUAUCUUCUCUUGUAGGUCGGCAGGCUGACUUCGACAUUGCUCCUCGGAGGAUUCCUGUCCUUAAACAACCAUUAAAAAACAUUGUCCAGUGUCUAAACCUUGUAAAUAGCGAGGCGUUUUGUUUCCAAGUUUGUCUUGAACCUGUAGGUUUUGUGCUGAUGUGUUCUUAAGUCUCGAAUAGAGAAAGUGUCCUUUAUUUUGUAUUUUAGUUCUUUUCCUGAAGGUUUUUGCAUAAAGGGAUUAAAACUUGAGAAAAAUGA